AAACUCCUGUGCGCCACGCGGUCCUUGAACCUCCUGGAGCCAACGUGGCGUGUUUGUGCCCGUUUCUUUCUCCAUUGUCCCAGAUUUAGUGAUAACUCCGGUCCCUUUUCCUCUAACAACUUAUCAGCUGGGUCACAUCAGUCGCCGGUAAAUUAUCCUUAAAAGUAAUUUCGCCGUUGAGAUUUGUGCUCUUCAUAAUUACAAGUCACUCCAUUACUCAGAUGAGAUUAAAAAUAGAAUAGGAAAAAAAAAAUUAACUCAGGAGGUUAUAUGCUUAGAGCUUUUAAUUUGUUGAUGUUGUUGUUGUUUUAAUGGAGAAAAUUAUGAUAAAAACAUUGGAAAACUCACGACAAGACAAAUAAGGAUUAUUUUGAUAUUUGAAAAGGAUGCAACCACCAUGUUUUUGGGUGUGAUGGAAAGGUCUGGAAAGGUCCAAGCAGAUUCCUGGUACUUGAACAGCAUGGUGGACAAAGAGGCUGUCAAGUAUCACCUUGGAAGAGGUGCUAUCCCCUUUCAGUCUCUGGCAGACCACAGCCCAAGUCUGAAUGUGCACCCCAACAGUUCUUGGGUCCCUGCUCACUUGAUAGAAGACGAUAUUGAAAAUGAUGGUGGUGCCACUGGCCUGAGAGACCAUGACCAAACAAAAGAAGCCUUCCUUUCAGAAGACUGUGGCAGAGCCAGAGGGGAAGUUGCUCCCACCUCCAAAUAUAGAGAAAGCCAUAAGACUGCUUCUUGUAAUAUCUUGGUUGAAGAUGAGGAUGAAGACUCUGAUGAUGCAGUCCUCUUCUUAGCUGACAUGUCACCAGCUGACAGCAGCCCCCUGGAUGUAGAGGCUUUUCUCGACCUGAAUGAGGAUGUAAAGAGCAAGAGAACUGAAGUUUGGCAAACUAACUGGCACAAGCAUCAUGUGGCAGCAGUAAGUAAUGAGAGAUUUGACAGCCUGUUGAAGAUGUGUCCUAAGUUCCAAGGUUCUAAGAGUCACAUGGCGGCAUUUGUCCUGCAGAGAGAAGUGUUUGAUACAGCUGGUCAGCCAUGUGAGCAUUACCAGGUGGUGGCAGUGGGAACGGGCCGUUCAAGCUGCAUCAAGUGGCUUUGCUACAGUGGGACCAUGGUGCAUGACUGCCAUGCCAUUGUCAUUGCCAGACGGGCUCUCCACAGGUUCCUGUACAAGCAGCUUCUGCUGUUCUUUGAUCCUGAUCCAAAGGCCAAAGAGCAGAGUAUCUUUGAGAGCACUACAGACAGCCCACAGCUUCAGCUCAAACCCAAGGUCAUCCUGCAUCUGUACACCAAUCAGUCCCCAGAAACGGCUGCUAAGAACUUCUACUUCAAGGGCACUAUGAAGAACAUUUGUACGUCACUGGGGCUUCAGUACCAUGCCAACGGCCUCUUGGUUCCUGUGACCCACCUUGACCCAAGUGUCUGGGCCGCCAAGGUCUGUUGCAUGUCUGGGAGUGACAAAUUGUGUCGCUGGACUGUCACCGGGGUGCAGGGUGCUCUGCUGAGCCACUUCAUCCAGCCACUCCAUAUCACCAGCAUGGUUAUAGGAAGCCAGAGCCUUUCUGCUGAUGACCUGUCUGACAUCAUCAACAAGCGACUUGGUAAUGGAUGGGAGAAACAGCUCCCCCCAACCUACAGGAAACAGGAUAUCUUCUUUCACUGUGGUGACCAAAUGGAGCCUGUUGCGACGUCCCCCCCGCACGAUGAUCUCAGUAUCAACUGGUGCCUCGGGGACAAAGACAUUGAAGUUCUGGACAGUGGAAAUGGCUACAUCAUUGAUGGCUCUCCAUGCAUGAGUGGGCCUGGCUUCUCCAGCAGACUUUGCAAGAGAGCUCUCUACAGCUAUUUCCGCCGAGUUACAGAGCUGGCUGGGCAUAGCUACCUACUGGACCUUCCUACUUACCACAGUGUCAAGGUGGAAGCCAGCCUCUAUCAGACAGCCAAGGGUAUUGUCAACGACCAGUUUCGGCACAACCAUGCAGGCCCCUGGAAUUCUAAAAAGCUGGUGGACUGCUUUAGUGCCUGAAUAGCCCCCCAGAAAAGGGCCAUGUUCAAGAUUUCCAAGUUCCUCCGGAGAGUUUUGUGUGCUUUACAUUUUGUUUGUUACUGUUGCUGUUAGCUACCUGUCUUUUCUUACCUAUUUACAUUUUUGUUUUAAGUACAGCAUUGGUGCUUUGCUUUGAAUGUUGGCAUUGUUUUGUUUGUGUAGGUAUUUGGAAAAAUAAAUGAGACCCUACACUGAUGUUG